AUGCCGGCGCGAACUCUCCCUACCUUCACUCGCGCCGAGGUCGAGGCUCACAACUCCAAGAAGUCUUGCUAUGUUACCAUCGGUUCCAACGUAUACGAUGUGACCGACUUCGCCCAAGACCAUCCCGGUGGAGCCGAUCUCGUCUACGACUACGCUGGCAAGGACAUCGACGCCAUUCUAAAGGACCCAACCUCUCACCCUCACUCCGAGGCCGCAUAUGAGGUUUUGGAUGACUCCCUGGUUGGCUUUGUCAUUAACCAGAAGGCCGUCGACGGCCUUCGCAAGGUCAAUGGCGCAGUAAAUGGCAAAUCGAAUGGACAUGCGAAUGGAAACGGCAAGGCGAACGGCACCGUCGAGAAGACUGACGAAGCCGAGGGCGUCCAGAUGAACGAGCACGGCGAGCUUUGGGACGGUGAACGUUGGGUCCACCCCCGAACCGGUAUGGCCAGCGAGGAGGAUCUGAGCAAGGAGACGGAUUACACAAGCGACUAUAAGAAGCAUAAGUUCCUCGACUUGAGCCGCCCGUUGUUCCCUCAGAUUUGGUUCGGCGGCUUUAGCAAGGAAUUCUACCUUGAUCAAGUCCACCGUCCUCGCCACUACAAGGGCGGCGAAUCUGCGCCUCUGUUUGGCAACUUCUUGGAGCCUCUGUCAAAGACACCUUGGUGGGUUGUCCCGCUUGCAUGGCUUCCGCCCGUCGCCUACGGCACCUAUCUGGCUAGAGAAGGCAUGGACAGCACCUUCCAGGAGGUCUGCUACUGGGGCUUUGGAUUUUUCCUCUGGAGCUUGAUCGAAUACGUCCUGCACCGAUUCUUGUUCCAUCUCGACAAGUGGCUUCCUGACAACCGUGUUGGCAUCACUGCGCACUUCCUCCUCCAUGGCAUCCACCACUACCUGCCCAUGGACAAGUAUCGCCUGGUCAUGCCUCCCACCUUGUUCGUUGUUCUCGCCACGCCGUUCUACAAGCUCGCGCACUGGGUAUUCUCUUACAGCUGGCACGCUGCCACGGCCGUCUACUGCGGAGGCAUUUUCGGCUACAUUUGCUACGACUUGACGCACUACUUCCUGCAUCACCAGAACCUCCCUCUGUGGUACAAGGAGCUCAAGAAAUACCACCUUCAGCACCACUUCCUCGACUACGAGCUCGGCUUCGGAGUCACCAGCCGGUUCUGGGACAGCAUUUUUGGCACCGAACUUCCUCCCAUUGUGAAGGCCAACUAA